GACAACGGGGCCGGCCAUGUUUUUCCCGUGCUCCUCUCGGCCGGCCGCCCCACACGCCGUCGGCGCUAUAGCAACGGUAGCUAGCGGCGGGGAGAGAGUGGCGAUACGCAAUGUCUGGUCCAACUGAUGAGACUGCAGGAGACCUGCCUGUGAAAGAUACAGGUCUAAAUCUCUUUGGAAUGGGAGGGUUACAAGAAACUUCAACAACACGGACAAUGAAGUCUCGCCAGGCAGUGUCACGUAUCAGUCGUGAGGAAUUGGAAGACAGAUUUUUGCGUUUGCAUGAUGAGAACAUUUUACUUAAACAGCAUGCCCGCAAGCAAGAGGAUAAAAUUAAAAGAAUGGCCACCAAGUUAAUACGGCUAGUUAAUGACAAGAAAAGAUAUGAACGGGUUGGUGGCGGCCCCAAGCGGCUGGGAAGAGAUGUGGAAAUGGAAGAAAUGAUUGAGCAGCUGCAAGAGAAAGUUCAUGAGCUUGAAAGACAAAACGAAGUCCUCAAAAACAGACUAAUUUCAACCAAACAGCAACUUCAGAUCCAGGGUCACAGGCAAACUCCAUACAGUUAUGUGCAAUCUCGCGUUAACACUGGGCGUAGAAAAGUGAAUGAAAAUGCAGGCUUACAGGAAUGCCCCAGGAAAGGUAUUAAAUUCCAAGAUACAGAUGUAGCGGAAACUCUGCAACCCAUGCCUACAAAACAUGGCAACAGUUUACUCGAAGAAGCCAGAGGAGAAAUAAGAAAUUUAGAAAAUGUUAUUCAGUCACAGAGAGGCCAGAUAGAAGAGUUAGAGCACUUGGCUGAGAUCCUGAAAACUCAGUUGAGGAGAAAAGAAAAUGAAAUUGAGUUAUCUCUUCUUCAGCUUCGAGAACAGCAGGCUACAGAUCAAAGGUCAAACAUUCGGGACAACGUAGAAAUGAUUAAGCUUCAUAAGCAACUAGUGGAGAAAAGCAAUGCUCUUUCAGUAAUGGAAGGAAAAUUUAUUCAGCUUCAAGAGAAGCAAAAAACUCUCCGGAUCAGCCAUGAUGCCUUGAUGGCAAAUGGAGAUCAGCUGAACAUGCAGCUUAAAGAGCAGCGUUUAAAAUGCUGCAGUCUUGAGAAGCAGUUACGUUCCAUGACAUUUUCUGAAAGAAGAAUAGAAGAGCUGCAGGAUAGAAUUAACGAUUUAGAAAAGGAACGGGAACUUUUAAAGGAAAACUAUGAUAAACUUUAUAACAGUGCCUUCAGUGCUGCCCAUGAAGAGCAAUGGAAGCUAAAGGAACAGCAGCUGAAAGUACAGAUUGCUCAACUCGAGACUGCCUUAAAAUCCGAUUUAGCAGACAAAACUGAAAUCCUUGACAGAUUAAAAACUGAAAGAGACCAAAAUGAGAAAAUCAUUCAAGAAAAUAGAGAACUACAGUUACAGUACCUGGAACAAAAGCAACAACUUGAUGAACUUAAAAACCGCAUGAAGUUUUACAACCAGGAGAGUGAUAUUAAUGCUGAUGAAUUGAGUGAAGCUCUCCUGCUUAUAAAGGCUCAAAAAUCACAAAAAAAUGGAGACCUUUCUUUUUUAGAGAAAGUAGACAGUAAAAUUAAUAAAGAUCUAGAACGCUCCAUGAAAGAGCUGCAAGCAACUCAUGCAGAAACAGUGCAAGAGCUUGAAAAGACAAGAAACAUGCUAAUUAUGCAACAUAAAAUUAAUAAAGAUUAUCAGAUGGAAGUUGAGGCAGUGACCCAGAAGAUGGAAAAUUUGCAGCAAGAUUAUGAACUCAGAGUGGAACAGUAUGUCCACCUUCUUGAUAUCAGGGCUGCACGCAUCCAGAAACUAGAAGCCCAAUUAAAGGAUAUUGCGUAUGGUACCAAGCAGUACAAAUUUAAACCAGAAAUCAUGCCAGAUGACUCCGUUGAUGAGUUUGAUGAAACCAUUCACUUAGAACGAGGCGAAAACCUGUUUGAAAUCCAUAUCAACAAAGUAACCUUUCCUUCUGAAGUUUUACAGGCAUCUGGAGAUAAAGAGCCUGUCACCUUCUGUACCUAUGCUUUCUAUGAUUUUGAACUACAGACAACUCCCAUAGUGCGGGGCCUUCACCCAGAAUAUAACUUUACUUCUCAAUAUCUCAUUCAUGUUAAUGACUUAUUCUUACAAUACAUUCAGAAAAAUACUAUUACUCUUGAGGUCCACCGGGCUUACAGCACAGAUUAUGAAACAAUCGCGGCAUGUCAGUUGAGAUUCCAUGAAAUUCUAGAAAAAAGCGGUCGAAUAUUUUGCACAGCAAGUUUGGUUGGAACUAAAGGAGACAUCCCCAAUUUUGGCACAGUGGAAUACUGGUUCCGAUUAAGAGUUCCCAUGGAUCAAGCAAUUCGACUUUAUCGAGAACGGGCAAAGGCUUUGGGAUAUAUAACAUCAAAUUUUAAGGGGCCAGAGCAAAUGCAAUGGUUAAGUCAGCAAGCACCCAAAACUGCUCAGCUCGGUUCUACUGAUUCCACAGAUGGCAACUUAAAUGAACUUCAUGUUACAGUAAGAUGCUGCAGCCACCUGCGGUCCCGAGCAAGCCACCUUCAGCCACACCCAUAUGUUGUGUACAAGUUUUCUGACUUUGCAGACCAUGACACAGCCAUCAUUCCCAGUAGCAGUGAUCCACAGUUUGAUGAUCAUAUGUGUUUCCCAGUGCCAAUGAAUAUGGAUUUGGAUCAAUACCUUAAGUCAGAGUCUCUGAGUUUUUAUGUGUUUGAUGAUAGUGAUACCCAGGAGGAUAUUUACAUAGGAAAAGUCAAUGUGCCUCUGAUUUCAUUGGCACAUGACAGGUGUAUUUCAGGAAUAUUUGAGUUAACAGAUCAUAAAAAGCAUCCUGCAGGAAGCAUCCAUGUUAUAUUGAAAUGGAAAUUUGCUUACCUUCCACCAAGUGGAUCCAUAACGACUGAAGACUUAGGGAAUUUCAUACACAAAGAAGAGUCUGAAGUUGUUCAAAGACUACCUCCAACAUCCUCUGUUAGCACACUAGUAGCACCAACACCUAAGCCAAGACGUUUAACACCUAAAGAUAAGAAGGUAUCUUUUGUGGAUAUCACACCACAUCAGCGUUCUGAGACCUGUACUCCUCCUGAAGAUACGAAGGAAAUUUCACCAGAAGUGGAACAUACGCCAGAAAUAGAAAUUAAUAUGCCAACUGUUUCACAUAUUCCUGAGGUUUCUCAGGAAAGCAGUGUAGAUAAGGUAAAAGAGAAUACAGAGAAAGUGCAACAAGGAAAAGAUGAUGAUGUGUCUUUACUCUCUGAGGGUCAGCUUGCAGAACGAACUUUGACUUCUUCUGAAGAUGAAACAGAAAUAACUGAAGAACUGGAACCAGAAGAUGAAGAAGACAGAUCAGCUUCUGACAGUGAUGAGUGUAUUAUUCCAGGUCCUAUCGCCAAGAGCAUCAAACAGCCAUCAGAAAAAAUUCGGAUUGAGAUCAUAGCUCUAAGCCUUAAUGAUUCUCCAGUAACUGCAGAUGAUACUAUCCAGCGACUAUUCAUUGAGUGCCGAUUCUACAGUCUUCCUGCUGAAGAGACACCUGUGUCACUUCCAAAACCCAAGAGUGGGCAGUGGGUCUACUAUAACUAUAGCAAUGUGAUCUACGUGGAUAAAGAAAACAACCAAGCCAAGAGAGACAUCUUAAAAGCUAUACUACUUAAACAAGAGAUGCCUAACAGAAGCGUUCGCUUCACUGUGGUCAGUGACCCUCCAGAGGAUGAGCAGGAUCUGGAGUGUGAGGACGUCGGCAUUGCUAACGUUGACCUCGCUGACAUGUUUCGGGAAGGGAGAGACAUCAUCGAGCAAAGUAUUGAUGUUUUGGACGCUCGAGCAGAUGGUGGAGGUAUUGGCAAGCUCAGGGUAACUGUCGAAGCACUCCAUGCCCUACGGUCUGUCUACGAGCAAUACAGAGAUGACUUGGAGGCUUGAAAGAAACUGCUCCAGAGGCAUCUCCUACUCCUGAGUAAAUGCUCACAUGAAAGCUCUUAGAUGAGAUUUUCGUAAUUACUCUGGUGUAUGUAAUCUAUAAUUCAUGGGAAGCUGGGAGGGGGGAGGCCUGGGUUUGAAGUGUUCAAGUUUUGUAUACUUUUUCCAUUUGUUUAUUUUUCUAUUCCCUCCUUCCCAUGACUGCCACCCCCUCAGGACUUAAGUUCUGCACAGUGGGCAACACCUUCUCAAUAAUUUAUACCUACGUGAUAACAUGAGAAAGUCUAUUUGCAUUUUCAACAUUUUCUUAUGAAGAACUGAAAUGCAAUUCCCAUUUUUAUUUUUAAUAAGCAAAAAGCAUAAAUCUUAGAAAACCUAUGAAAAAGAAAUACUUUUAUGUUAUCCCUAAUUGUCCCACUAAAUGGAAUGUGUAUUAUUAGCCUCAUUAUGAGUUUUGCACUGUGAAGAUUUUAUUAGAAGCAAUAUAUGAAAAUUACUUGGAUUAAUGUGUUAAUCUUCCUCUUUAAAAUGCUAAUAUCCAUUUUAUGCACAUUAAAGCUCAGUAUGCAUUUUCUUUGAUGCAUGCCAUUUCUAUCAAUUAAACAUAAAGAAUGAGACUUGGCACCAACUUAUUAAAUUACUGCAAGUUUUUUGUUUUUCUUUCUUAAAAAUUACAGUUCUUCUUAUUUGUAUUGUUUUCAUGUAUUUGUAAUGGUAAUAUGGGAUCCAGGAAUGUGUGUAUGUAAAGAAGAGACAGAUACAUGAAAUUUACACUUUGAAAACUUAGCUUAUGACAUAGAAAGAAAAUAUUAAAAAUAUGCCUCAAAUUCUGAUAUGCUUAGUUAGACCUGAAAGGAGUAUCUUUUUAUCAUUUUUUAAAUUUACAUCAAGCUUGUACAAUGCUAGGGUGUAUCUGGAUAACCAGAUCCUCGAAAAGCAGCUCAGAAAGUUAAUUUUCUAGCUUUUACUCAAUCUCACUGAAGGAUUUAAUUGAUAUUUUUAAUGGAGCUGUGAAUCAAUGCUGCAAAGGAAUUGUCUCUAGAGGUCUAGGAUAUAAUGCAUUUCAUUUUUUAAUUUACCUUUUUAUUUGUCAUUUUCUUCAAAGGAUUUUUAUAGGCUGUGGGUUUUCACUGUUUGCAAACAGGCUAUGUUCCUUCUUAAGCAUAUGUAAAGUAUUCAGGGAGAUAAGUAAUUUAUUAAAAUCUACCUAAUUUGCCGUGAUAUAUUAAAUCUCUGCUUCAGUGAUCACAGACCAUUUCAUUUAGAGAAUUAGGCAUUCCCUCUUUGUGUGAUUAAAGCUCUGGAAAAUGAGUUCUUUGCUCCUAUUUGUGAACAUUCAAAGCCUGCUAAUGGCAAGAAGAUGGAAUAGAUUAUGAGACAAUUCAUUACAGUUCAACAGAAAAAAAAAAAAAGCAGCUAUAAUGCAAAAAUGCAAGUAUGAAUAUCUGCAUAUAGUUUGAACCAUCUGUGCUCUAAUGGCUUCAAUAAUGACUCUCGUCUUUAGGAGGCUUUGAAAUGACAUCCGUACAAUAUUAAUUUGUUGAUGUACAUUGUGGAACCAGUAGAGUAUGAUCUGACCACAGAAAUCUAUAAAUUCUGUCUCUACCAUUGGGCCUCCCUGUCUGGGGCCUGCCAUCUCCAAGAAGAAUCUUGCUCUCAUCAAACUCUGCAAAUCUUCAUAACAACUCAUUCCUCUGGAACCUUCUAGAGACCACAAACAUCUGCAGACUAAACCUCUCCAAUCCUAGUAAACAGCCACAUGUUUGUUGUCACUUCAGCUGGCUCUGAGCUCAUCUUUUUGGCCUCUCUUUCUAGCUUUCUUUGGCUUUAAGCAGUUACAGUGUCAUUAAGGCCCGUAAUAUUCCCUGCAGUAAUUUAAAACAGCUGGAUUAUACCCUGGGAUUAACUGAGUGGUUUUUGAGACAUUUAUUGUGGUAUUCUCCCAGGAGGUUUGUAUUAUUGUUUUAAAACAUUACAUCCCAAACUAAAUACCCUUUCAGCAGGGAGAAGACCAGAUUGUGCUGACUUCUUAUGAUCUUUAAGUGGAAAGGGGAAGUUUUUAUUAUAAAUCUUCUGAGAUCUAGUCAACUGUAUAGCAUGUAUACCUCAGCUAACGUUAGAGAAUUAGCCAUGUUUCUGUCACUUUCAUGUGUACCGUAACAGAUUAUUUAAGAUUCCUUUUCUAGUUUUAGAAUACUCGGCCUCAAACUACAUGAAUUUUCACAAAACUCAUUUUCAUAAGUAGUUGAAUAGCUGCUGACACGUUUUGAAGUGGAUAAGUGGUCUUGGAUGCUUCAAAUGGUUUUCAUAAUCUGCCCGAGAAUAGUUUUCUGUUUUGUCUUGUGUUGACCAGAGUUCACUGAAAAGUUCCCCACCUUUUAGGACCAAGAGCAACGGUUUUCUCUUGGUGAGCUAAGCCUGAUCCAUUAAGUAUGGCUUGGCGCUGGACAGGGGGCCUGGCCAGACAAAUAACACCGGUUUAAGGUAAGGCUUGUACGAACUUACAGCUCUUGGUGUAAACGUACACAGUACACUCAGCACUUUUGGGGGCUGAAAUGCUUUUAGUUUGGAAAUAUAAAUAGAGAUGUGAUGUGGUAUGUGGGAGAGUAUAUUUUACAUGUUUUUUUGCCUACUGUAGUAGAAAUGUCAAAUUCCUAGCCACUGUCAUGAGAAGCAGUUGACAAAAAUAAGUUUUAUGGUUUACAGUGUGGUUUACAUAGAGAACAUUUCUCUUCACUCUCAGUUUCAACAUGUUUUCUAAAUUAUCAUGGUUUAU